GCAGAGUAUUAUCUUGUCAUUUUGGUAAAUGGAGUAAAAUUUGGGGAGUGGGUACAUACAAUGAUGCGCAUGUGAGCUGUAACAGUGUGUGAGCCUCUGACGAUCUCAUACUACUACCUCCUGAUCUUCCUCCUCACUCUUUACCUCCAUUAACCCUCUCCUCCACCAAUGGCUCCUCUCCUCCUCUUCCUCCUCUUCCUCUGCCUCCCCCACAACCCGCUCCCUUUCUCCCACGCCCAACCCUCCAACCCCACCUUCAGCACGGAUCCAUUCCCCGAGCCCUCGAUCUACGCCUACCCAUUUGGGUUGGACCCCGAGUACGAGCUCGCCCACCAGGUGCUCGACGAAACGCCCCAAAGGAAGGAGGACAACAGGAGAGCCCUGUUUUGGCACGGCGCCCACCACCACUACUACAUCUCCUACGCCGCGCUCUCCGCGAACCGGGUCCCCUGCCCGCCCCGGUCGGGCCGGUCCUACUACACCCACAACUGCUACCGCUCCAGGGGCCCGGUUCACCCUUACUCCAGGGGUUGCUCCGAGAUCACUCGCUGUAGGAGGUGAUCUCAUGAUCCUCAUCCCCUUUGUUCUCUGGGUUUUCGUUGAACUUUUUAGCUCGUUGGUUUUUGUGGGCUAAGGGGACUGGGGAGAGCUUAUGAUGAUGGUGUUGGGUGUGUAUCGUUCAUGCAUGCUUUUUUGUUUCUCCUUUUUUAUAUUAUAUUAUAUAAAAUCGGAUGUUUUAGUAAGAGAAAUGAGGUGGGUUUGCUGAUUUAUGGUUGUGUAUUUGAGGCUAAUGCUGCUUGGUCUGGAGACCUUAGAUGGGUCAGGGGGGAAUUUUUUUUUUUUAAUUGAGACCUUUUUUAAAUAAUGUAGUGUUGGGUGUCUUUUAAAUGUGGCUCAUUUUUUGUCAA